GGAGACCGCUUCAAGCACCGGAAGUAGCGGUUCCCCUGACAACUGGUUCACAUCAAGCGCAGUAAAGACUGGAGCUGAGCGAACACAAACAUGCCAGAAAGUGUUGUGGGGUCAGUCAGCUCUGGCUCUAAUGGCUCCCACCGCUCGAAAGCCUGGAAGUACCGCACCAAGGCCCUGAGCUCAGAGAUCGAUGAGAGUCUGUUUGGAGUGAAGCAACAACCAAGAAAUGAUGAUCCGAUUGUGCAGAAGGCUGAAACUGGACGUCGUAAAGCUGUAUCAGCACCAACACGGGGUCACAAGCCCGAGACCAUCCGGAUCAUCACUAGUGACCUAAUCCGUGACCUUAUUGUACCCUCUGAGGACCCCUCCGGCCUGUCCUUAAUCAUGACCUACCAGGAUUUUAGGCGCAUCAAGGAAAAAGCACGGGUCCUGACCAAGGAGGAACGAGAGAAGGCUAUGCAGACUUUAAAAGAGGAAAAAGAGGCUGCCAUUGAAGCAGCUAGUGAACGAAAGAACUUCAUGAAACAGAAGGAGAUGCUUCGUCAGAAGAACGAGAAGCUGAGUGACCUGGAGGAAGAGGCCCAGCAGAGGGCGCAAUACCUCCUUCAGAGGGCCAACACUAUGCGCAUGGAACAGGAGGAUGAAAUAAAGAAAAUGAAUGAGAUGAUUUUACAUGCUAAGUGCCACGCCAUCCGUGACGCCCAAAUUCUAGAAAAAAAUCUCAUCUCUAAGGAGCUGGAAGUAGAGGAUGAGAGACUAGACCAGAUGAUGGAGGUGGAACGGCAAAAAGCCAUCAAGAUGCAGGAGGAGAUUGAGGAGAAGCGGAAGAUAGAAAAAAUCAGAGGUAAACUCCACAUCAUUAAACAGAUGGAGGAAAAUGAGCAUUCAAGGAUUUUGGAAGAAGAACAGAGAGACCAAGAAGCUCAGCAGAUGCUUCAGUAUCUAGAGGAGCUUCAGAUGGAGGAUUACAAGGAUAUGGAUAAGAAGAAACAAGAACAACUAGAAAUCCAGGCAGAGAUCAAACGUAUCAACGCUGAGAAUGAGAGGAAGAAAAGAGAGAGGAAGGAGCAGGAGCAGCUGGCAGACCUACGCGUGCUGGAAUACACCAAGCAGAAACUGGCUCGAGAAGCAGAAUAUGAGGCGGAGCAGGAGAAAAUUAAGAAGGAGAAAGAAAAGGAAGUUGCCCGCCUCCGAGCGCUGCAGGAAAGAGCCAGGGACCACCGCGCAGAGCAGGAUGCUCUUCGGGCCAAGAGAAACCAAGAAGCCAUGGAGAGAUCCUGGCGUCAGAAAGAAAAGGAAGAAGCAUUGAAGCAAACAGAGAUGAACGCUACUUUGAAGAAGACUCGGCUGGAGCAGGUGGCUCAGAAGGAGCACUUCUUGGCCGUGCAGGCCCAGAGGGAUCGGGCAGAAUUUGAAAGGGUUUUACGAGUCCAACGAGAACUGAUGGAGAAAGACCGCAAAGAGCAGGAGCAAAAGGUUCAUGAGGUGGGGAAACAUGCAGGAGAACUGAGGCGUCAGGUGCGGGAGAAUGAGCAGAAGCAAGUCCUAGAUCGUAUCUCCCACUUUGAGGAGGGGAAGAGGCUGGAUGAGGAGGCCCGACAACGCAGGGCACGCCUGGAUGAACUGAAACAGAAGAAGUUGGAGGAGCUGAGAAUGGCUGGACUCCCUGACAAGUACUGCUCAAUGGUUGCCCGAAAAACUGACGCUCCUCUCACCACUGUCCACUAAGGAGCACGGAUCCCCAGACUGGCCAGAAGUGUGUCAAUAGUCAUUAGAGUCUUUCCCUUUUUGUCUGUUUUUGACAAACAAUACACACAUUUAUCUGAUUAUG